AUGUCGUCCACCCCAGACUUCCCCCCCAAACUCGUCCCCAACGACCCCCGCGUGCUCUCCAAAACCACCACCAUCAACGGCAAGAAAUACCACUACCUCAUCUCCGCCCCACCUCCUCUCACCGGCGGCGGCGACGCCCCUCCGGCCCGCGCCAACCUCGAAUCGCCUUCCUCCACCAUCGACGCCGCCUCGCAACCGCGCGGCACCGUCCUCCUCGUCCACGGCUGGCCCGACCUCUCCUUCGGCUGGCGCUACCAAGUCCCCUUCCUUCUAUCCUUGGGGCUGCGCGUCAUCGUCCCGGACCUGCCCGGCUUCGGCCGCUCCGACUCCCCCCAGGAACUGACCGCCUACUCGUACAAGAACGUCACGCGCGACCUGCUCGAGCUAGUGUUGAGCGAAGUCCCCGGCGGGAAGAAGCAGAUCGAAAAAGAGGGAGGGAUCAUUGUCGGCGGGCACGACUGGGGCGGUGCCGUGGCUUGGCGGUUUGCGCUGUGGUACCCCGAGCUGACGCGGGCCGUGCUCUCCGUCUGCACGCCCUUCUGGGCGCCGCAGGCGGGCGGGUUCGUCCCGCUGAAGCAGAUGGUCGAUACCGUGCUGCCGAAUUUCCGGUACCAGCUGCAGUUGUCCGGACCGGAGUUUGAGGCGCAGGUGAAGGGGAAGGAGAAGAUCAGGCAGUUCUUGAACGGCGUGUAUGGGGGCAAGGGGCCGAAUGGGGAGCCGGUUUUCACGACAGAGAAGGGCUGUUUGUUUGAGAACCUGCCCAAGAUGGGCAAGACCCCGUUGUUGGAUGAUCGGGAGAUGGAGUACUAUGUGAAGGAGGUGGCGGGUAAUGAUAAGGGAAGCAUGAGGGGCGGGGUGAACUGGUAUAGGACCACCCAGGUGAACUAUGAGGAGGAGAGGGAGCUGUUGAAGCAGUUGGAGAAGAGAGGGAAGAGCGCGAAGACAGGGGAGAAGAUCGUGGAGCCGCCGGCGCUGUUCAUUCAGGCCACCAGAGAUACGGCGCUGCCGCCGGCGAUGUCGGAGGGCAUGGAGAGGUACUUUGAGAAGAAGUUGAUGAAGAGGGAGGUGGACGCUACCCAUUGGGCGUUGUGGGAGCAGCCGGUUAAGGUGAAUCAGGCUAUUGCGGAGUUUUUAGGAGGUGUGUUGACGGAGGUGGAAGCGAAGCUUUGA